UUUGUUACUCUCCCUAGAUGACAGAGGGUAAAAUUAAUUAAAUGUUAUACCUGUGUCAUGUUGUAUCCCCUACAGAAGGAUUCAGUGUUUUAAAUAACCUCAUUUGUCACUGACGCGGCAGGCGACGUUUCUACCGUUGUAGAGUGUUCACUUAUAUCUACCCUCAUGUUUUCAUUAUCAUGCGAUAAUUGUGUCAAUAGGAGCGUAAAACACCAACAAUUACAAUUACAUAUUGUUUGUUUGGACUUUGGGGCUUUCAAAUACCAGGUUGCCUUUGCUAAUUUGCUGGCCUCUAUCUCUCUAUCUGUGCCCUGCACCGGUCUCUCAUUGCCUUUCUUUACAUCGUGUAACCACGAGAUGACAAAUCUUGGAACAAGAUGAGUUAGCAGUUUUCCCUUUAAAAAUUUUGAUUACCCAAAAAGCUGAUUGGCGUCACCAGCAUGAUUUUUGCUAUUGCUUUGUAGAUGCAGAUUCUGGGAAAGAAAGAAUAAGUUGGCCGGAGAAGAGAAUUCAUUCUUCUUUAAUUUAUAUUUUUGCUUUGUUUUUAGGUGAGGAAAAACAUCAUUGAGUCGACAGUAAAGGCUUUCGGACGCCUUGACGUUCUGGUACUCAACACUGAGAUGGGUCUUCAAACAGAAAGCUUCAUGUCGGAGAGCGAAGAGUCGUACGACGUUGUCUUCAACAGUAACCUAAAGGCGCCGUUCUUCCUGGUCCAAGAGGCUAUUCCAGAACUGGAGAAGACCAAAGGGAAAGUGGUCAUCAUCUCCUCCAUCGGGAGCAGCACUGCCAGCAGUAAAUUUAUCGUCGAUAACAUAUCCAAGGCGGGACUUGAUCACAUGACUCGCUGUUUGGUUCUUGACUUAGGACCCAAAAGCAUCCGUAUAAACACAGUGAACGCAUUCAUGGGAAAACAAGGCAUUCUUCUUGAGAGACGUAGCUCUUCGUCUAGGGAGCAGACCAACGUGGUGGCAUUUCUGGCGAGCGAGGAUUCCAAUUUUGUUACGGGACAGUGCGUAAAAGUAGACGGUGGUGUGACUCUCACUCGAGUAGUAACUACGCUGGGGUCCCCAACUAAAAAAUGAAGGAGGACCAAGUACCGUGGGCCAACGUUUGUAAAGGCAGAAUUUAUUACUGCAACCAAAUAAAAAUCUCUCUGUGGUUUAAAUAAAUA